CUUCUUCCCAGCGUGACUCUUUCGCCCGCACCACCAUGUCCGCCACCUCUGCAGCUGCUGCAACCUCUGCGCCGGAGGUGAUCCCUCCGGCCGCUCAAUCGGCGCAAGGCUCCCAAGCCCUUCCGAAGGUCGCACCGGGAAAGACUGUGCUCAUCGACAACUACGACAGCUUCACUUACAACGUCGUCGAGUUUCUCUCGGAGCUGGGUGCCGACCUGGUUGUGUACCGCAAUGAUAAAGUCACUAUUGAGGAGAUCGAGGCCCUCCAACCCGCAAACAUCGUCAUCUCGCCCGGACCGGGUCACCCUCUGCAUGACUCGGGCAUCUCGAUUCCAUGCAUCAAGCACUUCGCCGGCAAGGUGCCCAUCAUGGGCGUCUGCAUGGGCCUGCAGGCCAUCUAUGCAGCAUACACGGGUAUCGUCGAAUUCGCCGGAGAAAUCCUUCACGGCAAGACUAGCCCCAUCGUCCAUGAUGCUCGGGGUCUCUACGCUGGACUGGCGCCCGACGCUGUCGUGGGUACACGCUACCACAGCCUUGCCGCGCAUCUGGACAGCCUGCCGAGGGAGCUCGUGGUCACUAGCAAGACGGAUCAAGGCGUCGUAAUGGGCAUCCGACACACCCGCCUGGCCGUCGAAGCGAUCCAGUACCACCCCGAAAGCAUCCUCAGCAAAGGAGGAAAAGAGAUGUUUGCCAAUUUCCUCAGCUGGACCGGAGGAACGUGGAAGGAAAAUCCCCAAGCUGGCAUCGACGACGCUGCGGUCGAGCAGGCUGAAUCGACAAAGGAGCCCGUGAUCGCCAUGGCAGCUGCGGGGGGCGCUGGGGCCGCCGCUGCUGCCGCUGCCGGCGCUACUGCUGUCGCCUCGAGCUCCAAGCCAAAUGGUAUUUCAAAGGGCUCCAUUGGGACAAUUUUGGAAAGAAUUCAUCUCCAGCGACUCCAAGACGUUGCCGAAGCAAAGGCUGUCCCUGGCUUCUCGCCCAGAGACCUCGAGACAGGCCUGGCCAUGCAUCUUUCGCCUCCUCUCAUCAAUUUCCCCGCCAGGCUGACAGCCAACGCUGCUCACGGCCUUCCGGGCGUCAUGGCCGAGAUGAAGCGCGCGAGCCCGAGCAAAGGCGACAUCGACCCAGACGCACACGCAGGUGCACAGGCGCUGGCUUAUGCGAGGGGAGGUGCGAGUGUCAUCAGCGUCCUGACGGAGCCAAAGUGGUUCAAGGGCUCGCUCAACGACUUGACGCUCGCCAGAAAGGCUGUCGACGGCAUGCCCAACCGUCCAGCGAUCCUGAGAAAGGACUUUAUCAUCGACACAUAUCAGAUCAUGGAGGCUAGACUCGCCGGCGCCGACACAGUCCUCCUCAUUGUGGCAAUGCUCACCGAUCCUCAGCUCAAGGUCCUGUACGACUUUAGCGUCAGUCUGGGCAUGGAGCCCCUCGUCGAGGUCAACAACCCAGAGGAGAUGACAAGGGCUCUCAAGUUGGGAGCAAAGGUUGUCGGCGUCAACAACCGCAACCUGCACGAUUUCAAUGUCGACAUGGGCACCACGAGCCGCCUGGCCGACGCGGCAAAGGAAGCUGGCGUCAUUCUCGCAGCUCUCAGCGGCAUCACGGGUAGGAGCGACGUGGAAAAGUAUCUGCAAGAGGGAGUUGGCGCUGUCCUUGUCGGCGAGGCUUUGAUGCGAUCCACCGACAAGAAGGCGUUCAUCCAGGGUCUUCUCGGUCUUCCGACUCCGGCUGCGAAUGGAGUGACUUCGACGACGGUCAGCGCGAAUGGUUCUGCAGCUGCCGAAGGCCAUGAGACCCCUCUGGUCAAGAUCUGCGGCAUCAAGACUGUCGACGCCGCCAUCUCUGCCACCAUGGCUGGCGCUGACAUGCUCGGCAUGAUCUUGGCCCCUGGGACGAAAAGGACAGUAACUCUGUCACAGGCAGCUGAGAUUGUCAACGUCGUCCGGUCCUUCAAGGGUGGAGCUGAGUCCAUCCGAGCCGCAUCGGCCGCUCUCACCAUGCAGCAGAUUCAGCAGCAGUCCGAGCACCCUCAGCUUGCAUCUCCUUCUACACCGCUCGUCCAGGGGCAAGACUGGUUCCAGAGUCACGCUCAGAGGAUCCGGACGAACCCACAUGCGCCCCUCAUCGUCGGCGUGUUUCGGAAUCAGCCACUGUCUGAAGUUCAAACAUACGCCCGAGCGCUCCGACUCGACGUCGUCCAGCUGCACGGCAGGACGGAGGACGUGGAAUGGAGCAAGUUCUUGCCAGGCGUGCUCGUGAUCCGCGUUUUCCACGUUGGAAAGGAGACUCGAGAAGGCCCGCAGGACGACCUGCGAGAAGCUACGAGGCCAGGCUACCACCACAUUGCUGCGCUCGACACCGCGGGGUCCAAGACCAACGCCGGCCAAGAGGGCGGGUCUGGCGAGGCAUUUGACUGGAACAUUGUCGAGAGAGUCGCGAACCUCGACCCGGUCCCGAGCCGUGUCAAGGGCGCAGAGGUCCAACGACAGCCAAUAAUGCUUGCUGGUGGCUUGACGCCCGACAAUGUUGUGCAGGCCAUUGAGGCGGCCAAGCCCUUCAUUGUCGACGUCUCUUCGGGCGUAGAGUUGGCCGAUGGCCAAAAAGAUGUUGCAAAGAUCCAGGCGUUCGUCAAGGCGGCCAAGUCUGUCUCUGUCCCGAGUCGAGGCAGGACAGGAACGGUGACGCAAUAGCUCGGCUUCCUCAAUCUUAGACGAGAAAAGUGUAGAAAUAGCGUUGGCCAGAGGAGGCAAAUAUGAUGUUUCUUUCUUCU